AUGGCCUUGGCCCACAAGGCUUUGCGACAAGAGUUCUGCUGGCCCACCAUGAAGAAAGAUGUGCUUGAAAUGGUUAAAUGGUGCGAUAGGUGCCAGAGAUUCGUAAGGGUUUCAGUGAUUUACAAGUUCGACAUCUCAUGGGCUAUAGUAAUGGACCACGAAAGACAAUUCGACAAUGAGCGCUUUAAGAAAUUUUGUGCUGACCUAAGCAUAAAACUUCUAUUCGCAUAUGUCGCACGUCCACAAAGCAACGAUCAGGUGGAGAACAUGGACCGGACAAUACUGCACGGUUUAAGAACACGACUCGAAACUUCACAAAGCAGAUGGGUGGAAGAGCUCCCGUCAAUAAUUUGGACAUACCACUCAACCCAACGGGCAGCCACGGAAGAAACCCCUUUUAUGCUGACCUUUGGAGCAAAGGCAGUCAUUCCUGCCGAGGUCGGAAUAUCCUCCUGGCAAAGACAACAUUUUGAUGAGAAGAACAACAAUGAAGAGAUGAGAGCAUAA